GCCCCCACCACGAGCCGCGGGGCGGAGUCGUGCAGCGACAGUGGCGGAUCGGUGAAUGAGAGAGGCAGGUGCAGCAGCAGGCGAGCGGCGAUGACGGAGGGCACCACGCUGCUCCGCCGGCGCGGGGGGCCCUACCGCACGGAGCCGGCGUCAGAGCUGUCGCGCUGGCGGCUGAGGAACGAGGACGGGCGGCAGACGUGGAGCUUCGUGGAGUGCGGGGACGGCGAGCCGCGGCCACAGAACGUAGUCGAGCGGCACGCCCUGGGUCUCGACACCGUGGAAUUUGCCGGGAAUCUUCCGCAAGCGACAACGGCACGGGAGGCAGCGCGCAAUGGCAUGGCCUUCUACAAACUCUUGCAGACCGAGGAUGGACACUGGUCUGGAGACUACGGGGGACCUCUCUUUUUGCUGCCAGGACUGCUCAUCACUUGCCACAUUGCUCACAUCCGCCUGGCCGAGAUGCAGAAGCGGGAAAUGGUGCGGUACCUGCGCUCAGUUCAGCUACCUGACGGAGGCUGGGGCUUGCACGUAGAGGACAAGUCCACAGUGUUUGGCACUGCGCUUAAUUACGUGGCCAUGCGGAUCCUUGGCGUGGACUCUGACGACGCAGACCUGGUGCGGGCCCGUGCGAACCUGCACGCCAAGGGCGGUGCUAUUGGAAUUCCGUCGUGGGGCAAGUUUUGGCUCGCUGUGCUCAAUGUGUACAGCUGGGACGGCAUGAAUACCCUCUUCCCAGAGAUGUGGCUGCUGCCGCGGUGGUUUCCCGCGCACCCGUCCUCGCUGUGGUGCCACUGCCGCCAGGUCUACCUGCCCAUGAGCUACUGCUACGCCGUGCGGCUCUCGGCCUCCGAGGACGACUCCCUCGUCCGUAGUUUGCGACAGGAAUUAUAUGUGCAAGACUAUGCGUCAAUAGACUGGCCUGCUCAGCGGAAUAAUGUGGCACCUUGUGAUCUAUACACCCCGCACAGCUGGCUGCUUGACUUUGCAUAUGGGUUUCUGAAUGUGUAUGAGCGGCUGCAUGUGACGAGGCUGCGCAAGAUUGCCAUGGAGGAGCUGUACGACCAUAUUUGUGCUGACGACCGCUUCACAAAGUGCAUCAGCGUCGGCCCUAUCUCCAAAACCAUCAACAUGUUGGUGCGGUGGCAUGUGGACGGGCCCACCUCUUCUGCUUUCCUGGAGCACGUGGAGCGGAUCCCUGACUACCUCUGGAUUGGGCUGGAUGGAAUGAAGAUGCAGGGAACGAAUGGAUCCCAACUCUGGGACACAACUUUUGCAGUGCAAGCUUUUCUAGAGGCGGAAGCUCAAGAUAUCCCAGAGCUCGAAGAGUGUCUUCGUCACGCACACGCGUUUUUGGAGCUCACCCAGAUCCCUGACAAUCCUCCGGAUUAUCAAAAGUACUACAGGCAGAUGAACAAGGGUGGAUUUCCGUUCAGCACACGGGACUGUGGCUGGAUCGUUGCAGACUGCACAGCAGAGGGGCUUAAGUCUGUGAUGCUGCUGCAGGAAGCUCGCCCUGGUCUGGUGCAGAAACCCCUGCCUGCAUCACGCCUGUUUGAUGCGGUCAAUGUGCUUUUGAGCAUGCGUAAUGCAGAUGGGGGAUUUGCUACUUACGAGACCAAGCGUGGUGGACGGCUGCUUGAGCUGAUAAACCCCUCUGAGGUGUUUGGAGACAUCAUGAUCGACUACACAUAUGUGGAGUGCACGUCCGCAGUGAUGCAGGCACUGCGCCACUUCCAGGAGGCGUUUCCCGACCAUCGGCACCACGAGAUCCAGGAUACCCUGGAAAAGGGCCUGGAGUUCUGCAGGCAUGUGCAACGGCGUGAUGGCUCCUGGGAGGGGUGCUGGGCUGUGUGCUUCACAUAUGGAACGUGGUUUGGACUGGAAGCAUUUGCUUGCAUGGGUCAUCGGUACCACGAUGGGGGUGCAUGUGCGGAGGUGAGCUGCGCCUGCACAUUCCUGGUGUCAAGACAGAUGUCUGACGGAGGCUGGGGUGAAGACUUUGAGUCAUGUGAACGCAGAGUCUAUGUGCAGAGUGAACGCUCACAAAUCCACUGCACAGCCUGGGCCCUGCUGGGACUCAUGGCAGCCAGGUACCCCCACACAAAUGUGAUUGAGAAAGGCAUCCGUGUGCUGAUAGAAAAGCAGCUGCCAAAUGGAGAUUGGCCCCAGGAGAACAUCGCGGGCGUGUUUAACAAGACGUGCGCCAUCAGCUACACCAGCUACAGGAACGUGUUCCCUGUGUGGGCACUGGGGCGCUUUGCCCAGCUCUACCCGUCCAGUGUGCUGGCUGGCAAGGUCAAAGUGUGACCUUCCCGAUAGCCAGACGGGCGCUUCAUAACUGAAGGAUCGUCUGUCAUAUUCAUUGGGAAAUGUGCUGCUGCAUUUAUAAAAUGGUUACGAAAUGUUAAAUAAGCUAUUAGUUGUGAAAAAAAAUGUUUCCUUUGUCAAGAAAAUGUAUUCAUUAUCAAGAUAUUUUCAUAGGUGUACUGUGAACACGCUCAGUCAAAAGCUCACCAAGCUCAAACAAGUUUUGGGUGGUGACUAUCUUGGUAGAUGCGAGUCAGGAGUGAUUUAUUUCUGUACAAUGACCAAUACCCUGCAGUGGAGCAUUGACUAGCCACCGAGGGCUUAGGUAAAGCCCUUUGAACGGGCUUUACCUAAGCCCUAUGAAAGGAAAGUUUCAGAUAAAACUCAAUACAGUAUUCACAAUUACACUGUGGUGCUGGCUAAGGGGUACGAUUGGUUCCAUCCUACCUUGAUGGAAUGCCAGCCAAUAGAGAAUCACAAUUCUUCAGUUUGCAAUUUUACUCGAGUUGUUUUGUCUCCACUAUUGAACCGCAUUCCAUAAUAUCUCAGUCCACAAUGUAGAAUAUGGUGUAGAGGGCAGGGAUAGGCAUAGGAGACAGCUGGCUCAGAUUAAGAGUGCUUGGCUCUUUUCAAACCUAUUUACCAGCUUGCAUUAGUAGCACGUGGUAGACUGAAACAAUCAGUAAAUUUGUACCCUUGUGCAUCUGCUAUUGGCAUCCAUGUGCUCUUAUUUUUGGACAUUCAUUUAAUCUGUUAAACUUUUGUUACAUUGGCCGCCAAAAAUACUAUUUCAACCCGCCAAAAUAAUUGUACCCUGCCGACCUUUGAUUAUAGAACAUAAACAGGGUAGGGCCACAGAAUUGUGAAAUUUCACAGUAUCUUACACAUUCAGCAAGGGCAUUUCCACUAUUCAGGUGGCACAUCGUAAAUUCUGGAACAAUAUUGUGCCCGUUUCAUCCGUGGGAGAAUCUGCCCAACUGCAUUUGUGGAUAGCAACAUUUGAACGACUUAUCAUAAAGUGUUUUCUUAAUUACAUAUAUAGUGUAAUAAUUGUUAAUUAUUAGGGUGUAAAAGUCAAUGUUUUGUCCCUCUUAAUCUAGAAAUUACUUUCCACACUUUUUCAACAAAAAGUGUAUCCACUAAGUUUGAUAAUUCUGUUUUAGAGAAUGGUGUAAAAAAAUAACAUUUUCAUAUAUCAAAAUAAAACGUGAUUAUUAGU